AGUCUACCUGCAAGGGCAAUGAGUAUUUUGCAGAUGCCUGCAGAGCAAGUAAAUGCCCUGCAAGGUGAGGUCCAGGAAACACAAGAGGAGGAAUGCAUCAAGGACAAGCUGAGAGAAACAGAGGGUCUCCACAUCAAGCAAACUCUCCAGAAUCAGAUUGGACAGUGUUUCAUCGAGUGCAGGCAUAUCCGAGGCAGGUUUCCUGACUAUCCUACUGAACAAGCUGGAGGUUCAAUGGCUUUGCUUUCUGAAAAAACUCCAGAGGAGGAAGAAGGCUGGAAAAUGGGUCCCAGUAAUUUCCUCUCACUACUGGAGGAAGCAAGCAGUCAAUACAAAGCCUUUUGGCAGAAGAGAGACGGAAGAUGGGAUUCUCUCCAGGAUCAUGACCCAGAGCUGAUCAAAGCAGAGAAACGGGAAGAAGUGGAGGAAGAAAUCAGAGUGCAGGUUGAUGCAUUGAUGCGACAGAAACUGGAGAAUCUGAGACUGAUUGUGGAUGGAGAGAAGAGCAAACCGAAAAAAGGAAGAAAAAGUAAAAAGACAACGACCACAAAGAAAAAGAGAAACCAAUUGGAGGAAGAUCUAACUCCUGACAGGACCAUCGAUUCUCUGUACAAAGAACUAGUGGAGAAAGGAUUACUAAUAAAAGCUGAGACCGUGAAUCUCUCCGAUUAUGUUGGCGAGUACAGCUAUCUGGGGAGUGCACUUGAGCAGGUAGAUAGAGAACCAAUGCCCUCUCUCGCGGAUGUCAGACAGCUAAUAGCGCUGUAUGGAAUAUUGCCAUUAGGUUCCCAAACCGUCCAUGAGAAGGCUCCUUUGGUGAAAGCCUUGUUACUAGCUGGGCCUGCUGGUGUUGGAAAGAAAAUGUUGGUCCAUGCCAUCUGCACAGAAACAGGAGCCAACCUCUUCAACUUACCUGUUUCCAACAUUGCUGAGAAAUAUCCAGACGGGAAUAGUCUACAAAUGAUGCUUCAUAUGGUUCUCAAGGUAGCAAAGGAAUUGCAGCCUUCAGUUGUGUGGAUAGGAGAGACGGAAAAAAUAUUUUCUAAAGGGGCUCAGAAGGCUAAAGAAGAGAUGAGCCCAAAACAAGUGGAAAAGCUCCUCUUCGAAUUCCUUAAGGCUUUGAAAGCACAGGACAGAGUGCUGCUAGUGGGAACUACCAACUGUCCCUUCAAUGCUAAGCCUCAACCUUUCUUCAGAUUCUACCAAAAAAUUAUUCUGAUUCCUAGGCCUGACUAUGCUUCAAGAUAUGUGUUAUGGAAACACAUCAUCCUGCAGAAUGGUGGAGUGAUCACCAACCCAUGCCUAGCAAAGGUGUCUGAUGGUUUCACCCAGGGACACAUCGUCCAGGCAGUACAAGGUGUCCUGAGCCAGCUACGCCUCCUGGAGAUGACCAAGAAGCCACUGAGGACCUCAGAGUUCAUGACUCCUCUGGCCAGACAGGAUCCUGUGUACAAAGCAGAGGAAGCAGCAUUUAAGGAUUGGUAUGCCAAGACACCACUGGGUAAAGCACACGCUUGCUUGCAGCAGGCUGCCGGCUUCACAAAUUUGGCAGCAUAUUCCAAUUUAAAAGGUACUCUUCAACUUCACCCUCGGUGA